CACACAUCUAUCUCCAGCCACCAACACAAUGAACCUGCUGCUUAGAUUUCGCCUCGGCGUGUGCCAAAAAGGAAAUCAGCCAUCAGUUAUUCAUCUUUCGAUCAAUCCAUUCACCGUCAGUGUCAUCAGCCACGCGCACACACGCAAUGGACCGCCCAUGUGUGUCUCUUUCUCUCUGGCUGUCUGUGUCUGUCUGUGUGCCUCAUGGGUCAUCGCUGUCUGGUAUUGGCUGUGCGAUUCGUUGGAUGGUGAGUGCCAUGAGUGUGGUGUGGCUGCGGGCACACACACUCUCGCGCGACGCGCCGCUCGCCAUGCACUCUGCCGUCACCGAUAUGCUCUUGUCGUCCACUGUCACCUCACCACUCGCCUGCACACACACAACAGCCGCACAUAUGUGUCGUCCAUCCAUCCAUCCAUCCAUGUGUUGUGAUGUGAUGUGGGUGGGUGGGCCACCCAGUAGAUUUGUCCUGCGGCCAACUUCUUGUGCUUGACAAACGACACGCCGUUCACCUGCACACACACACAAACACACACACACACACACAUCGACAGGCUGCCCAUGGUGCCGUCCUCACUGACUCAAUGAAUAAAUGACUCACCUGGAGGUCGAAUGACUGUUUGGUGGUGCCCUCCUUGUGUGUGUGUUGCGGUGCCAAAGUGGCGCACGGGCUGCCGAUCUGGGCCUGCACGAGGUAUCGUCCGGUCGGCAGCCCGGCCACGGUCCAGCUGUUGGGCGUGCAGUCGACUCGCUGCUCGCGGCACUCCUGCGUCUCGGGGGCCGGCGGGAAGGAAAUUCCAUAACUGUUGAGGGGGUCGGUCGCCGCUGCCGACUUGUGGGGGCAGUGCACGAUGUUUCUGUGGGCGUCUCUUGUCCAGCCGAAGACUGGCGUGCCGACUUCAGCUUUGGUGGACCGCUCCUGGCCGUUGUCAGCGAUGAAGCCGGCGGGAGUGGGGACGCCGCUGGGCUGGAACGAGAAGGCGAAGCUGAUGGCGCCCUUUUGCUGUGCCGUCUUGAUACACGCGCGCCCCGGCACCCGACUGCCGCACGGCAGCACACACGAGGGGGCGGCACUCGGCCACUCGUACUUGAGCACCGCACCACUCUGACACACUCACACAAUGAAUGACACACAGACGAUGAGGUGAGGCGUCUCUUUCUCUGUGUGUGUGUGUUGAUCGACCUGAGUGAGUUUGACGAGGAUUUCCUUUUGCUGGUUGGGCAGCGUCGACACGGCGGCGAUCUCUGCGGCCGCCCAGGUGCCGUUGGCCACUCUGACGUCUACCUGCAUGCCUGCGGCGGGCUGGAAGGAGGGCGGCGGCGUGAGCGAUUGAAAGGCCAGUGCAUAGCCCGACGGGCCGCGAAGCGACGACACCCCGCGACGCGAGACGCCCUUGCUGAAGCCCUUUGGCUGCGGGCCGACAAUCGUCACGUAGAAGUCGCAGUGGCCACUCGAAGACGUCACGCCACACGCACCGCUGCAGUCAGUUAAGCAAAGACAGACAGACAAGAGAGAGGUGCGUGUGUGUCUGUGUGGUGUCUGUGUGUGUGUGUGGUGGGUUUAGGUGGUUGGGUGUGGUGACUUACCUGUGGAUGGCGGCCUUGCAGAGGUUUGACUCGGCUGCGUACAGUCCGUCGCCGUACACCGAUCCCUUGCGGGCGGCCAGACACUCGCUGACGGGCGGACAGGAGAAGGCGUACACCGACCCUUCCUCGACCGGGUGGACCUGACAAUCAGUCACACAUCACAUCAAGUAGGUCAAGACACACACUCAUCCAUCGAAUCGGUCAAUCUAUGUGGCUGUGUCUCCCUCUGUGUUAAUCGUUUGUGUGUGUGGCGUGGCGUGGCGUGCCUCGGGGAUCUUCUCGAGUGUGGUUGUGCAGUCGAUGUGAUGGACGUGUGUGGGUGCGUUGCCACUGGCGGCCGUCUCGGGUGAGCAUGGUGUGCCGAUGAAGUCGAAGCUGCCGCCCGUGAACUGCCCGUGGCCGCUCAUCGCCGUCACCGUCGCCGUCACGCGACGCGUCACGAUCGGCCGCGGCAGUCGAUAGUCGCGCACCGAGUUGCUCGAACGAAUCGAAAACACCUGAAAGUCAAGACAUAAGUAAGGAGAGUGUGUGAUGUGACUGUCCAUCAGUGUGUGUGUGCGUGUGCCUGUCCGGUCUCGUCGGGUUCGUCGGUGGUGGUGAGGCGGAUCUCCGACGGACGGUUGACAAACGAGUCCAGCGGCUUGAACUAAGACACACACACAGAGAGAGCAAUGGACUGACGUGUGUGUCUGUGUUUGGUGGCUCACUUUGAAUUCGUUGAUUUGCACGGGUUUGGAGAAUUUGACAGUGAUGCUCUCGUACACGCCGCCCGCGCCGACACUCGACCGCCACACGCCCAGCGGCCCGUCCGUGUGACGGCCACUCAGACCUGACACACACACAGAUGGAUGGAUGUGUGUGUGUGUGUGUGUCUGUUUGUGUCUGUGUGUGGCUGGCUGACCGUAUUGGAAGCUGAAGUCGUCCCCGGCCUGCGAUGACGCCUCGCAGCCGGCGUAGGUGUCGCUGUUUGGCCGCGAGAGGACGACCGUCUCGCCCCCGCAGGCCUCCUCGCCCUUCGGCUGCGGCUGGUCGAACAACAGCACGAAGGGCCGCGAGUGCGUCACGGCGAGGCCGACGUCGCCGGCCGGCGAAUCCACAUAGUGCACGCCCAAGAUGCGCGAGCCGACGGCCCUGUCCGCCUCAGUGCGCCUGGGGCCCCUCGAGAGCAGGUGCAGGAGGUCGUCGGUCGCGUGGAAGUGCAGAGGCCGCUCCUCGCAUGACGCCACGGGCAAUGACUCACCCUGAACCAAUUCACAUGGACGGAUGGAUGGAUGUGUGUGGAUGUGUGUGUGUGUACCGUUUGUGAGAGGACGAACAGCUUGGCGGGCAUGUUGGUGGUCAUUGUGAGUUUGGUGCCGACGGCCGGCGUGGCGUUGGUUCGGAGCAUUCGCAUGUUGACGUACUUGAGAGGCAAGUCCGCCAGCACUGUGGUGCUGUCGGCCAUGAAGGCGGCCUCCCCGUUGGCGGCGUACCCGAGUUGCCACGUGGAGGGGUCGAAGCCGCUGAGCUUGAGGGCCGGGGGCGGGUUGGUCUUGAAGAGGGCCGACGGGGGCACCACACGCUCAGACAUGACACCCUCUAUCGACCACAGCAACCUGUGGGUCAUCGAUGACACACACACAUAGAGGACACACACACAUGGAGGUCUGUCUGUCUGUCUGUCUGUGUGGUCCAUUGGUGCCCUUCUGACUUGAUAGUGGCGUCGUAAGGUUUGUUCCACCGCAUGUGACUCGAGUGAAAGAACUCCAACCUACACACAUCGACACACACAUCCAAUCCACUCGUGUGUGUUUGUCCAUCCAUCCACCCCCACACAGACAGACCUGAUUUUGUAUUUCUGUCCGCCGACGAGCUUGAUGGGCUUCUCCGACGUCGCUUUGCGCGUCUCGUCCUUGCCAGGCUGCGGGCCGAGCAGCGGGACGGGCUCGUCGGUGAGCUGUGGGGAGGGCGGUGGCGGCAUGCGGUCGACAAUGACGGCGUCCUGGCUGAGGAAGAGACGGCACCCUCCUGAGGCGAUCGUGGUGAAGUGGUAGUAGCCCGUCUGCGGCGCCAGCACGUAGCCGUCCCACCGGGCGCUGAAGGCCGAAAUGGGCACACCCUCGAUCGGCGUCUUGUGGAAGAACUCAAAGUCAACAUCUAAACACACAUCACAUGGCAUGGAUGACACACAGACACAUCAGAUCAGAUGACGUGCAUAUCUCUGUGUGUCUUGACUGAUUGACUCACUCACUCACUUGGGUCGUCUCUGUACUUGGCGUCGCCGCUGAAGGUCGCACCGCUGAAGUACACGGCCCGGAGACCGUCGGCGAAGGGGGACUCCUCGUAGCCGGGCAACCCCUCACCUGUGUGUGUGGUGUCUUGUCGUCUUGUGUGUGGUGUCCUGUGUGUCCUGUGUGUGAGCUACAUACAGUUCUUGGAGUUGAGUUCCAUGCUUUCCUCUUCCUUCUGCCGCUCCAUCUCCAACGUCGAUAUGGCACUCUGUGGACUCAGUCAGCACACCAACCAACGAGUGUGGGUGUGCCCGUGUGUGUUGUGUGUGUGAGAGGCUGACUGAGUGACCUUGAUGGUUUGUAUCUUGUUGAUGUUUGCCUCGACGCCCGCGAUGCAGUGGUUGCCCUUGUCCAGCAGCGAUUCGACCUUUGAGAUUUGGGCACCGACCGCCUCGUGCUCGGCACCGCACACCGUCUCGUAGAUGGCUGACACACACAUAUAUACAGCGUGUGUUCGUCUGUGUGGUGUCUGUGUGUCUGUCUAUUAGCCCACAUACCUUCUUCCUUCAUGAGUCGGCCGCUCUCGUGGUUGAGUCGGUCGAGGACCACGCGGGCCUGGCUCGUCAGCUCGGUGAAGGCCUCGCUUGCGGACGAGCGGACGGCGUCGUAGUCGACCACCGGGACACAGUAGUUCCAGCCGUCUGGCCGGCCCUUGACCACCCGCUCAUAGUAGCACCUGGUGACACACACACACAGACAAACCGAGACAUGGAUGUGUGGGCAUGAUGUGCGUACCACUCUCGUCCGGUGGCGCCGUCCGGGUUGGUGGCGUCGGUGCAGUCCGUGUAGGUCAGGCCGUCCUGCGCAAACGCCGCAGCGCACAAACGACCGUCGAUGGUCUUGCGGUGCUGCUGACGAUAACGAGUCAAUGCCGCCAAAGGCUCUGCAUACACAACAAACACAAGCACAUGCAGUGACUGCUUGUGUUGUUUGUCUGUAUGUCUCUCUGUGUGUGUGCUUGUCUUGCCUCUGUCGUAUCCGACGUCUGUGAUGGGUGGAGCUUGCUCGAGACUCUCAGUCACGAGGAGACUCACAAGCACCGACAGCAGCAGACUCGACAU